UGAUACGGGUACAUUCACGGUAACGAGACCUCAUAUCGAGGAUACUCAUCAAACGAUGACGCUUCAUCAUCGGGUUCUUCGCUCCUCCUCUCGCUUCAUGUCUGUGCUACCACUAGUAUGCAGGCUCUCGAAGCCCAAGAACAACUUCAACUUAGAUUUCUUGGUUUUUGCUCCGAUCCUCCGGUCAACACCACUCAGAAAUUCGAUCUGCACCUGCACGAAAAUGUCGACCCAACUCACUCACACCAUCAACCUGCCGGGUCAAUUCGGUGAACCCGUUCGGAUCGUCGCUGCCCCUGGUCUUUCCGAUUCUGACUUCAGGACGGCUAUUGAAUCCUCUUUGUUCAAGCAGUGGUUGAAGAAUAUACAAACUGAAACCGGUUUACUGGCUAAUGGUGCCAUGUCCUUGAAACAAGUACUUAUUCAGGGGGUUGAUAUGUUUGGCAAGCGCGUUGGUUUUCUUAAGUUCAUAGCAGACGUGUUUGAUAAGGAAAGAGGAUCAAAGGUUCCAGGUAUUGUCUUUGCACGAGGGCCAGCUGUAGCUGUUCUUAUCCUUUUGGAGUCAGAAGGCGAGACUUAUACUGUGCUUACUGAACAAGUCAGAGUACCUGUUGGAAGGCUUAUUUUGGAAUUACCAGCUGGAAUGUUGGCUGAUGACAAGGGUGAUUUUGUUGGAACUGCUGUUCGUGAGGUUGAGGAGGAGACUGGUAUUCACUUGAAUCUAGAAGACAUGGUUGACCUCACAGCUUUUCUUGAUCCAUCAACUGGUUCCAGAGUGUUUCCUUCUCCUGGAGGUUGCGAUGAAGAAAUUAGUCUGUUUCUAUACCAAGGACACGUGAGUAAAGAAAUUGUCACGCAACUGCAAGGAAAAGAAACAGGCCUUCGCGAACAGGGUGAGCUAAUCAAGGUGCAUAUAGUCCCGUAUGCGAAACUGUGGCGUGCGACAGCUGAUGCAAAAGCUCUGAUGGCCAUUGCUCUGUAUGAAAUGGCCAAGAGGGAAGGACUGCUGCCGCCUCCAAAAGCUCGCCCCUCCUCCUGACAAUCGACUCUGAAACCUUGUCAAUGUCGGCUGAAGCUGUUAUCUAGUUGCUUCAUCAUCAAUUUGGCCUAGUUUUUCCUAGAUUACUAAUGUCUCGGUAUUUGGCUGUGCCUCGUAUGAUGUCCACACGGUACGUACGUAUUUAGUUUCUAAAUUGAUCUUACACUAGGUUUUAGACACAAAGUCAGAGUCGCAAUUUAGGGCUCGUUUGGCUAAGCGCUUAUAAGCUAAUUAUGUAAGCUUAUAAGCUACUCAGGAUUUUUUGUUAAGCAUUUGGCAACAUUAAGGCUUAGUUUGGCUAGGCUUUUUUUUUAAAGUGUUUAAGCUGAUUAGUGUUUAAGUUGUGUAAUAGUAUUUAAAUUAGGUAGCGUUUAAGCUGAUAAUGUAUUUAGAUAAAUGUGUUUUUAAGCUAUUAGUGUAAA